GCUUUAAAGCACACACACAUAUAAAGUGGGCAGAUCACAGCCUGCUACCAAACCAUUAUCACGGGAUUCAAAGGUUUGAAGGCUUGAUACAAACACUUCCAAUGGAUCUGUUAAUCUUCGGUAUUUUUCUCUCUAUCACCUGCAGCAUUGUUCAAGGUGUUACUCCAAGAUGUUGUAUUACAACAACAUCAAACAUUCCAAUGAGAAUUCUUAGAAAGGUGGAUAAAUAUGAUGUUCAGACCAGCGACGGAGUCUGUCCGAUCAAUGCUGUCGUGUGA